GCAUGGAGGGCGUUUCAAUUAUUCUAAUAAAUAGUGCUUAAAAGACGGGAAGAAAUCGUAAAUUUUCAUUAGGCUCUCAAAAUUGUAGAUGAAGCAAUAAUUUCGCAAUGUUUUCCACACUCCCAAGAUCAUUGUUACACACCACAACCUCAUGUGUUCCCAAUAGAGUGCUUGCACUAGCUCUAGCGAAAUGCCCUGCCAUCGGCGACUGCUCCUCCCCGAUCCGGGCCCAUCACGAAGUCACCGGGGACAUAUUGUGCCCCAACAUGGUUCGAGGAAUAGAUCAUCUAAAAGACCCUCGUCUUAAUAAGGGUCUCGCCUUCACAUUAGAAGAACGGCAAUAUCUCGGCAUCCAUGGCCUCUUAGCUGCCAAGUUCAAAACGCAAGAAGAACAACUGGAUAUCUGCAGGAUUUCUAUAGACAGAUACGAAGACAAUUUGAACAAAUACCUCUACCUCGUCGAGUUACAGGACAGGAAUGAGAAGCUUUUCUUCCGGCUUCUCUCGGAGAACGUUGAGAAAUACCUGCCGAUUGUCUAUACACCGACCGUGGGUUUAGCUUGCCAGAGGUUUGGCCUCAUCUACAGAAGACCUAGAGGUCUGUUUAUUACAAUAAACGAUAAAGGACAUAUUUUCAACAUCCUUAAAAACUGGCCGGAACCAGACGUCAGAGCCAUUGUAUUCACUGACGGUGAAAGAAUCUUAGGUCUCGGUGACCUUGGAGCCUACGGCAUGGGCAUUCCUGUGGGCAAGCUGUCACUUUACACUGCCCUAGCGGGCAUUAAACCUCAUCAGUGCUUGCCUAUCACGUUGGACGUUGGAACUAACAACCAGGACCUCCUAGAAGACCCUCUUUACAUCGGUCUGAGACAGAAACGUGUACGUGGCAAGGAGUAUGACGAUUUUAUCGACGAAUUCAUGGAAGCCUGUGUCCAGAAAUACGGACAAAAUACUCUGCUGCAGUUUGAAGACUUCGCCCUUCUGAACGCAGGGCGCUUGCUAGAGAAGUACCGCAACAAGUACUGCACGUUCAACGACGACAUCCAAGGCACGGCCAGCGUGGCUGUUGCGGGUCUGAUGGCCGCCGUGCGCAUCACCAAGCGGAAGCUCAGCGAGAACAUCUAUAUGUUCCUUGGCGCUGGCUCUGCCGCCAACGGCAUCGCAAACUUGACCGUCGCCGCGAUGAUGCAAGAAGGUCUGUCGGAGCAGCAGGCGCGCGACCGCGUGUACAUGUUCGACAUCGACGGGCUACUGUCCACGAAGCGCGAGGGCGGAGUGCCGGCUCACGCGACCGCGUUCGGCAAAAACAUCGAGCCGGAGAAGGAGUUCGCGGCCGCUGUCGCUAAGAUCAAGCCUAGCUGUCUUAUCGGUUGCUCGACGUCGGGCGGGGCGUUCACGACGGAGAUUCUGAAGCAGAUGGCGAAGAACACCGAUAGGCCCGUCAUAUUCGCGCUGUCGAACCCCACGAGCAAAGCGGAGUGCACCGCGCAGGCGGCUUAUGACAAUACUGAUGGUAAAUGUGUGUUCGCGUCCGGCUCGCCGUUCCCUCCAGUGAAGUUCGGCAACAAGGAGUACCUCCCGGGGCAGGGCAACAACUCGUACAUCUUCCCGGGCGUCGCGCUCGGAGUCAUCGCCACACAGACGCACCACAUACCCGAGGCUAUGUUCCUCACCGCUGCCAGGACUCUAGCUAACUUCGUUAGUGAGGAGGAUUUGAGCCUUGGCCGUAUUUAUCCGCCGCUGUCCCAAGUGAAAGAAGUAUCUCUUCAGAUCGCAAUUGAAGUCUCCAAGAUGGCUUACGAUGAAGGUUUAGCGUCACUGUAUCCAGAACCAAAAGACCUCUCCAAACAUGUAGAAAGCCAAAUCUACGAUUUUAACUACGAGAGCUCCAUGCCGGAAGUAUGGCAGUGGAAACCCGAAGAAACUUUCAACGUCCGACCUAUCCAACCCGUUCCCAAAAACAUCUAAACACGGUUAACUUGUUAUGAACUAGCAGGUUUACUUGUCAUCUCUAACGCAUUUCUCUGACUUUUCGGUAACAUGUUUCGCAUGAGCAUUAAGUUUAAUAAUAAGACAAUAGCGAAUCAAUAAUGCAAAUGCGGUACGUAUA